AUGGACAUACUAGAUCAGUGGCUGUGGAGACAAGAAUACUGGCUUCCACCUGGAAUCAGCUGGGAGGACAUGAGAAAGAUGAAGAUGGGUCACUGUCCUCUUCCCAAAGACCUCUUCCUCUCUCUUCCCAUUGCCUUCACGUUUAUUAUCGUCCGCUUCAUCUUCGAGAGGUAUGUAGCAGUACCCUUAAGCCAGUGCCUUGGAGUUCGGGACCGAAGAAGAGUACCUGUCAUGCCAUCUCCAAAACUAGAGGCUUUCUACACCCAGUACCACCCUCGCCAGCCUUCCCAGAGUGAGAUGAACUCACUGGUAAGGCAUAGUGGCCUUACAAGGAGACAGGUGGAGGUUUGGUUCCGUCACCGUAGAAACUUGGACCGACCCAGCAGUACCACAAAGUUUUGUGAGGCUUGCUGGAGGUUUUUCUUCUACGUGAUGUCCUUCUCUUUUGGAGUUUUCUCUUUAAUUGAUAAGCCAUGGUUCUGGGACCAGAGGGAGUGCUGGAAGGGUUACCCACAACAGCCUGUGGACCAACUGCACUUUUGGUAUUACCUCAUUGAGUUGGGCUUCUACUGGUCACUCCUGCUAUGUGUUUCUGUGGAUGUCAAACGCAAAGACUUUAAAGAGCAGAUCGUUCAUCACAUCGCCACCAUUUUCCUCCUGGGCUUUUCAUACUGCUCCAACUACAUCCGUGUUGGUACCCUAGUCAUGCUGGUCCAUGACUCAUCUGACUUCCUGUUGGAGUCAGCCAAGAUGUUCAACUAUGCUGGCUGGAAGAGGACCUGUGACUCCCUGUUUGUCGUCUUUGCAGUCGUGUUUUUGGUCACACGACUUGUGGUCUUUCCUAGCAAAAUAAUCCACACAACCCUCAUAUUGUCCAUGGAGGUCUUCCAGCCUUUCUUGGGGUAUUACUUUUUCAAUGCCCUGCUGUUAAUUCUGCAAGCGCUACAUGUUUUCUGGGCCUGGUUGAUUUUACGGAUGGUCUAUAAGUUCCUAUUUUUGGGAAAGUUGGAAAAAGAUGAACGCAGUGAUGAUGAGAGCCCAGAAGAUGAAGAGCAGUGUGAGGAGGAGGAGCAGCCCUCUUGGAAGCAAAGAGAAGUGGUCCUGAACAGUAAACUAACCAGCUUGACCAGCAGCUGUGUGCUGAACAACCUCACACCGCAGAGAGCAAACCUGGCCUCCAGACUGCCCAAGUCUAGAUAACUUAUCAUCGAGAAUUCAUCAACUACAAGCAGUGGUGGACAAAGUAAAAGUAAAAGUAAAAAUAAAAGUAAAAAAAGAAACACAGUUUCUUUCCAACACAGGUAACUUAUCUGAGUAAAAAGUAGACCAAUGUACUUGUCUUACGAUAAGCUGAUUCUGCACAGGUUGGGUUGACUUUGUGGUGUGUCCUUGUUAGGUUUUUAUUGUUUUUCAGUAAUAACAAGGUCUAUCUCAAUAGGUAGGUAAAAUGGAGUAAACAGUGUAACAGCUAUGUAAUAUCAUGUGCUACUGUUGUAAUUACACCACGAAAGUACUCUUACUUUUACUUUGUCCACCACUGACUACAAGAUAGCUAAAAUGGAGAGCAGUCCCACUACAGUUGGGCCUUUUGUUGGACACUCACCUGAACAUUGAUUAUAUUUGUACAGUAAAAAAGUAGGGCUAUAUGGGUAACAAUGUAAAUUAAAUGAAUACUGUGUUUCAACUACUGAUGCCAGCUUUUCUAUAAUGGAUAAAUCAUGUGUAAAAAAAAAAUACUGAAGGAACCACAUAAUGAAGGAACCACAUGUUUGUAGGCCUACCUCACAUGUUUCCUCAUUAUUCAUUAGGAUGAGUUAAGUAAGUUGUUGACUGAAAUAUAGACUAGCUUAAAUGACUUAGUUGACUCAGUUUUUUUCUUACAAUAUGUCCUCAUCCUUUUGUAGUAUGGAAUACAUCACAUUA